UAUUAGAGGCUGUUUGGGGUCAUGAGCUGAUAUUGAUCCAAUGCAAUUUCACAUGUUCAAGGAUCAAUAACAACAUCAGUUUGACUCUUCUUGCAGGUUUGAAUGGGUCAAACAAAUGAAGUCAUCAUCUGCUGAAUUAAAAAUAAUAUUUUUUUAACAUGAAGCAUUUCAUAUUUCAAGCGCAAAAGAAGCAUCUGACAGUGUGAUGUGGACCCUGUGUGUCCAAAGGGACUCCAUGCACCUUCAUCAUGGACUGAGAAAUCCUCUUAAACCGGAUUCAGCCCAUUCAUUACGCACUACGCCCGCACUUCCCCGUCCUUCCGUGGGAUGACGCUAGAAUCAAAAGACAAAUUCAAAAUUGGGGGGUCUCCAGCUCUGCCUGUGUCACAUGGAAGCACAGUAGCUGAGCCGAGGGGAUGCGAGUACGGAUGGAGGGGGCUUGAGGGACUGUGGAGGAGAAACCUGGCACUUGGAGAUAAUAUUUGGAGAUACAGCGGCGGCGGCAGCAGCAGCAGCAGAUAGGCAGGUCAGACACUUCCCAGCCUCCCUUCUGGCUGGGGAGCAAGAGAGAGGAGCGCGGAUAGGGGCGCACAAGAAGGGGUCAGCGGGCGCUCCAAAAAAAAAAGAAAAAAGAAAAAGAGGGGAUGUCACAUGCAAUAUGCUGCAUUCGUGUUUUCUGAAGACCAAGAGAGCCAAGUUAUCGCCUUUGAUUGAUUAUGUUCGCGGGGAGCGCCUGGUCCGUGUGGAAGCAGAAGGAAGCGACCAGGGUUGACGCUGCGCCUCCCAAAAUCUCCGAGCUGAAUCCCAGUGAGACCGUGGCACUUUCCCUGCGUGCAUGAGUUGUAAGGGUUGUGAGUGUGAGUGUGUGAGAGCAAAGUGAGCGCCAGCGCUCCCACAUGGCCUCCAUGCAGGACGGGCUGAACUUCACGGCUCCUCCCUACGGCAAGGUCCUGCUGCUGGGUGCUAUCGCUGCUGCCUCAGCCUUUGUUGUCACGAUCCUCAUCGUGGUGCUCUGCGUGGGCUGCCAGAGGAAGGGGAAGACACACAAUGUUCCCGGCGAGGGCGGAAAACAUCGUCUCAUGGACAUGGGUAUACUCAGGCAGUCGAAGCUGCGGUCCAUCAGUAAAUCAGACACUGAGAUGAACAAGAUGAACUGCAAUGGCAAAAAAGCAUCUAAAAAGAAACGUCCAGCCAGCAUGGACCUUCUGCUGCUGCUCGGCUGCCGGUCUAACUCUGACCUCCGUUCUCAAGGCAGGCAGCUUCCCCAGAUCCCCUCUGGGACUGGAGAGGACGGAGAGCACACUUAUUCUGAAGUGGGCCGACGCUCCUCCACCACACGUACUGAUGAUGCCCUGUACGCCAUGGUAGGCAGGGCCGGGCAGACGGACACUCCGGCCCCUCCGGCCGUUCCUGCCAAUACCCCGGCGCCCCCGGACCCAGACGGGGAUGUGGAAGGAGGGCUACCCGAACCCGAGGCCCAGGUCAUGUCUCCCCCUCACCCUCAGGAGACGGCCGAGUACGCCUGCGUCAGAAAGCUGAGGAAGGCCGACAAGGCGCCCCAGAAGAGAGACAGCGGGACGGAUAUGGGGGAGCCGCCGGCGCCGCCUCCACGACACGCCCCGCCGUCACAUCCAGCCCCUCCUCCGCCACACCCUCACAGCACAAAGUUGCCCCGGAGAAACGUGGAUACCUUCAACGUGCCAUCAUUCCCAAAGGAAGUGAUGUUUAUGGGCAACGGAGAGCAGUACAUUUGGAAACCUCCAGAGGAUGAGGAGAUGCUCAUGCACCAAAAUAAAGCCCUGGGUGGACCGCUGGCUGCUCACACAGUGGAGAAUAUACAACCGUCUGCUGCUGUGGUGGCUGAAAUGUACUCAAAGGUGUGUAAACCGGGAAAGAAGAAGAGAGCUGUGCCGGGUUCACCCCCAGCCAAUCCUGGCUUCCGGACCUUGGGUCGUGGUGACCGGGAUCGAGACCGGGAUGGGGGAUUUAGUGUAGUGGUCAAACCCCAGACGUGGGCCCUCCAGGAGGGCAAAGCAAUUGGAGGGCCCCUUGACGACCACUGCUAUGAGUCCAUCGGGACAGAGGAGUGCGAUCCGGCCUAUGAGAACCUGGAAGGCGGAGGCGCCUGGAAGCGUGAGAGGCCCCCAAACACGUGUGCCACCCUGCGGCCGAGGAGGAAGAAAGCCCAGCAGCCCUUGCAGCAGCAGCAACCACCUCCACCGCCGCCGACGCAGCAGACGCCCAAGUUACAGCACCUGCCUGCCAAAGCCCUGCUGCUACCGGGCGAGAACCUGUACGAGAGCAUCGGCGACCUGAAGCAGGGCUCCGCCACCUCCAGCACCACCACCAUCUUCACUUUCAACGACGGCAUGGAGAUGUAUGUAACAGGGCUCUGAGGCGGCGGCUGCACUGUGACCCCCCCUAUCCUUCCAACACAAGGAGCUGAGCUAACACCACAAGGAGUGACGGCUGAGCCCCUGUCAUGCUCACCCACACAUACUGUUUACAUUCAAGUCAUAACGUCAUGCCUUUCUCAGGCUCCUGAGGCCUUGGGGCAGUAAUGUUGAUCUGUUAUGACCUGGGCUGAAGUCCAAUCUAUAAACCUUAUAAGGAAUCCAAAGGUAGUGAAUAAUAAAUGAGCACAAGACCAUUGCAGAGCAAUCUGUAGGUAACAGUAGCACUUCUAUCUUACUGAUACAUAUGUGCAAAGCACAAUAAAGUAAAAGAAAAGCCUAAAUUCUUCCUCGAUUCUAGCGGGUAAAACUAGACGUUUGCCCGGGUUUGGUCCUAGCAGGACUUCUAUUUUUGAGGAAAAGGCACAGCAUCGUGUGAAAUCUUUUGGUAGCACUUAGUCUGUCGUGAAACAGGCCUUCCCUGUAGUCGGUCAAGAUGUGAUUCAGGAUGGAAUUUAAAUGAUAUAAAAAGGAAUGAAUUACUAAUCAAAAUACUUGAAAGCUCAGGGACCAAGAGAAUCAAUUAUGAGAGUAUUAUAAUAAUAAUAAAAAAAAAAUUGCACACAUUUUGCAUUCCUCCUCCUAAAAGAAAUAAAUAAAUAAUAAUAAAAAAAAAGCUUCAACUAAUUUAGAUCAUUUAUCAUGUUUUAAAAAACAAACAAACAAACAAACGGGAUACCUCCCCUCCGUCAUGUUUCGUUUCAUCUUACAUGGACUGAACACUGUCUCCACUGCCGUCUGUAAAUGAAGUGUUUUACUUUGUUGAUCCUGUUUCUGCACUUUGCCUGCUACGAGUUGCAUGCUUAAAAAAAAAAAAAA